AUGGAUUACUACAGCAUUCUGGAAGUAGAAUCCUCUGCUAACGAACAGGAUAUUAGAAAAGCCUAUAAGAAACUCGCUUUGAAGUGGCAUCCCGACAAAAAUCCGUCCAACGCAGACGCAGCCGAGAAGUUCAAGGAAAUAUGUCAAGCGUAUGAGAUAUUGUCAGAUCCUGAAAAGCGCAGAACCUAUGAUAACCGUGGCACUCAGCCGUCCACGCCCAACGCAAGUUAUCAGGACGAUUUCAUGCGUGGUCACGAUCCUUUUACUGAACAAGUCUUCACCAAUUUUUUCGGCGGACGAGACCCAUUUGCUGAUAUGUUUGAUGUGUUUGGUCGAAGCCCUAGCCCCUUCAUGUCACAUAUGAGACCUUUUGGUGGCUAUGAUGAUCCAUUUGAUGAUCCGUUCUUCACAGCGCCUUUUGGAAGGAGGGGCAUGCAUUCUCCCUUUGCGGAUUCCAGUUCUUUCUCCAUUGGCGGUAGCAUUGGUGGUAGCAUUGGUGGUAGCAUAAGUGGCAGCAUGGGCACUAGGAGACAAAGAGGCAAUAUGGGUGGAGGCACCAGCACGUAUACAAGCACAACGUCGACAGUCAACGGAAGGAGCAGCGUACAUACCAGCAGCAGUCGCAGCAGCAUGGGUGGCGGCAGCAGCCGAUCGACCAGUGUCAGUAAGUCGACGAGAAUCAUCAAUGGACGACCACAGACAGUCACUAUCACCAAUAUUCAAGAUGAGCACGGUCAAAGGACAUAUGAAGACUACGGUAACGGACAACAACGUUACUUCCUCAAUGGCAUCGAGCAACCCACUCUCGGUGUAGAAACCAGCCAGACUCACAAUUAUCUACCACCGCCUUCCCCUAAUCACCAUGAUCCGUACAGUCCAUAUGGUAUGCCGCCCCAACCAUACCCACCUCCUUACUAUCACCAAGCGACGUUCUGGGACCAUUAG